AUGCCUCCACGACUUAAUCUCUUCGCAGCCCAUAGGGCCGCAUCUGCCCUCCGUCAGUCAACAGUAUCCUCCACUGCACGGAGCAUCGCAUCGCCGCUACGAAUCCAGUCCGUCCCAGUCCAGAAAAGAUGGAAUUCCUCAAAAGAAUCAAAGCCGGAGGACCAGAAGCUUUCUACACCGGAUUCAAUUCCCAGUGUCAGUGAAGAGGCCGCCGAAAUGGCAAGGAUUCUAGAGAAGGAAAAGGGCUGCGACGGGCAGCCAACAGCUCCGGAGCUCCAGCAAGGAUCUCCAGUUUCGGAGAUUCUCCAGCGCGAUGAUAAGGCCAGGAAACUCAUGCCAAAGGUUAUGCAAGACCAAUUGAAGGCCUCCAAGGGCUUUCGUUCUUUCUCGACCUCUUCUCGCCGCAGCGAGGAAGCUGAUACAUUCUUAAUGAGUGAUGAUGCUUCUGCCGCCAUUCUUGCAGACAUGGUCGAGCAGCUGAACGUGAAGGCCUUGGAACGCUCCCCGGGCCUUAAGUUUGACGAACCGGAUGUUUCAUCCAAGCCACAGAGCUUCCGAAAGCGCUACGAUGAUAUGCAGGACCAAUUCACCAAGAUGAUCAUGCAGGAUGGAAAGUUGGCACGCGCACAGAAGAACAUGUCCACCAUUCUUGAUCACCUCCGUACUUCCUCUCCUCCCAGUAUAAACCCCCGCCGCCCUCUCCUUGGUGGACCACCAGCUGCUCAACUGCCCUUCGAUCCCAUUCUUUAUCUCAGCUUGAUUGUCGACUCAGUGGCUCCUCUCUUCCGCAUUCGCCAACAGAAGGGUAUCUCUGGAGGUGGUACUGCCGUGCAAGUCCCCCACCCUCUGAAUCUCCGUCAGCGCCGCCGCGCUGCUAUCAAGUGGAUUAUUGAUGCCUCGAACAAGCGACGUGAUGCGCAGCUGGCGCACCGACUUGCAAAUGAGUUGGUUGCUAUUGCAGAGGGACGUAGUGGAGUUUGGGAGCGAAGAGACCAGCAACAUAAAAUCGGUAUCGCAGGUCGUGCGAACUUGGGACUUGCGCCUCGUCGUCGGUGA